AUGGAGAGUGGCGGUGGGAAUGCUCCGGCGGGGGCCCUCGGGGCGGCGAGCGAGUCCCUUCAGUGCCCGCCGCCGCCGGGGGUGGAGGGCGCGGCCGGGCCGGCGGAGCCCGACGGGGCGGCGGAGGGCGCGGCAGGCAGCAGUGGCCAGGGCGAGAGCGGGGGCGGGCCGCGGCGGGCUCUGCGGGCAGUAUACGUGCGCAGUGAGAGCUCCAAGGGCGGCGCGGCCGGCUGCCCGGAGGCGGGGGCGCGGCAGUGCCUGCUGCGGGCCUGCGAGGCCGAGGGCGCUCACCUCACCUCCGUGCCCUUCGGAGAGCUGGACUUCGGGGAGACGGCCGUGCUCGACGCCUUUUACGACGCAGAUGUUGCUGUGGUAGACAUGAGUGAUGUCUCCAGACAGCCUUCCCUCUUCUACCAUCUUGGAGUCCGAGAAAGCUUUGACAUGGCCAAUAAUGUGAUCUUGUACCAUGACACUGAUGCCGACACUGCUCUCUCUUUGAAGGACAUGGUAACUCAAAAAAACACAGCAUCCAGUGGAAAUUAUUAUUUCAUCCCAUACAUCGUGACACCGUGUGCUGAUUAUUUUUGCUGCGAGAGUGAUGCCCAGAGACGAGCCUCCGAGUAUAUGCAGCCCAACUGGGACAACAUCCUGGGCCCGCUGUGCAUGCCUUUGGUGGACAGGUUCAUUAGCCUCCUUAAGGACAUCCACGUGACUUCAUGUGUUUAUUACAAAGAAACCUUGUUAAAUGACAUCCGGAAAGCCAGAGAGAAGUACCAGGGUGAGGAACUGGCGAAGGAGCUGGCUCGGAUCAAGCUCCGCAUGGAUAAUACUGAGGUUCUGACCUCAGACAUCAUCAUUAACUUACUCCUGUCCUACCGUGAUAUCCAGGACUAUGAUGCGAUGGUGAAGCUGGUAGAAACACUGGAGAUGCUGCCUACGUGUGAUUUGGCCGAUCAGCAUAACAUUAAAUUCCACUAUGCGUUUGCACUGAAUAGGAGAAACAGCACAGGUGACCGUGAGAAGGCUCUGCAGAUCAUGCUCCAGGUUCUGCAGAGCUGUGAUCACCCGGGCCCCGACAUGUUCUGCCUGUGUGGGAGGAUCUACAAGGACAUCUUCUUGGAUUCAGACUGCAAAGAUGACACGAGCCGAGACAGCGCCAUUGAGUGGUAUCGCAAAGGGUUUGAACUCCAGUCAUCUCUCUAUUCGGGAAUUAAUCUUGCAGUUUUGCUGAUAGUUGCUGGACAACAAUUUGAAACUUCCUUGGAACUAAGGAAAAUAGGUGUCCGGCUGAACAGUUUGUUGGGAAGAAAAGGGAGUUUGGAGAAAAUGAACAAUUACUGGGAUGUGGGUCAGUUCUUCAGCGUCAGCAUGCUGGCCAAUGAUGUCGGGAAAGCCGUCCAGGCAGCGGAGAGGUUGUUCAAACUGAAACCUCCAGUCUGGUACCUGCGAUCAUUAGUUCAGAACUUGUUACUAAUUCGGCGCUUCAAGAAACCCAUUAUUGAACACUCACCCAGGCAAGAGCGGCUGAACUUCUGGUUAGAUAUAAUUUUUGAGGCAACAAAUGAAGUCACUAAUGGACUCAGAUUUCCGGUUCUGGUGAUAGAGCCAACCAAAGUGUACCAGCCUUCUUACGUUUCCAUAAACAAUGAAGCCGAGGAGAGAACAGUUUCUUUAUGGCAUGUCUCCCCCACAGAAAUGAAACAAAUGCACGAAUGGAAUUUUACAGCCUCUUCCAUAAAGGGAGUAAGUCUAUCAAAGUUUGAUGAACGGUGUUGUUUUCUUUAUGUCCAUGAUAAUUCUGAUGACUUUCAAAUCUACUUUUCCACCGAAGAGCAGUGCAGUAGAUUUUUCUCUUUGGUCAAAGAGAUGAUAACCAAUACAGCAGGCAGUACAGUGGAGCUGGAGGGAGAGACCGAUGGAGACACCUUGGAGUAUGAGUAUGACCAUGAUGCAAAUGGUGAGAGAGUUGUCUUGGGGAAAGGCACGUAUGGGAUUGUGUAUGCUGGCCGAGAUCUGAGCAAUCAAGUGCGAAUAGCCAUCAAAGAAAUCCCGGAGAGAGAUAGCAGGUAUUCCCAGCCACUGCACGAGGAGAUAGCCCUGCACAAGUACCUUAAGCACCGCAAUAUCGUUCAGUACCUGGGCUCUGUUUCAGAGAACGGCUACAUUAAGAUAUUUAUGGAGCAGGUGCCUGGAGGAAGCCUUUCGGCUCUUCUGCGAUCCAAAUGGGGGCCGAUGAAGGAACCGACGAUCAAGUUUUACACCAAACAGAUCCUGGAGGGCCUUAAGUAUCUCCAUGAAAACCAGAUCGUGCACAGAGACAUAAAGGGCGAUAAUGUUCUGGUGAACACCUACAGUGGCGUGGUGAAAAUCUCCGAUUUUGGGACCUCAAAACGUCUUGCGGGUGUGAACCCCUGCACAGAGACUUUUACUGGCACCCUGCAGUACAUGGCACCUGAGAUAAUUGACCAAGGGCCUCGUGGGUAUGGUGCCCCAGCCGAUAUCUGGUCCCUGGGCUGCACCAUCAUCGAGAUGGCCACCAGCAAGCCUCCAUUCCAUGAGCUCGGUGAGCCGCAGGCAGCCAUGUUCAAAGUGGGCAUGUUUAAGAUCCACCCUGAGAUUCCACAAGCCCUGUCAGCUGCAGCCCGAGCCUUCAUUUUAUCCUGUUUCGAGCCUGACCCCCACAAACGUGCCACCACCGCUGAGCUACUGAGAGAGGGUUUCUUAAGGCAGGUGAACAAGGGCAAGAAGAACCGAAUUGCCUUCAAGCCCUCAGAAGGUCCCCGGGGUGUCGUCCUGGCCCUGCCCACACAGGGGGAGCCCAUGGCCACCAGCAGCAGUGAGCACAGCUCCGUCUCCCCGGACUCCGACGCCCAGCCUGACGCGCUCUUUGAGAGGACCCGGACGCCCAGGCACCAGCCUGGCCACCUUCUCAGUGUUCCAGACGAAAGCUCAGCCUUGGAAGACCGCGGCUUGGCCUCAUCCCCGGAGGACAGGGACCCAGGCCUCUUCCUGCUACGCAAGGACAGUGAGCGCCGUGCCAUCCUGUACAAAAUCCUCUGGGAGGAGCAGAACCAGGUGGCUUCCAACCUGCAGGAGUGCGUGGCCCAGAGUUCCGAAGAGUUGCAUCUCUCAGUUGGCCACAUCAAGCAAAUCAUUGGGAUCCUGAGGGACUUCAUCCGCUCCCCAGAGCACCGGGUGAUGGCAACCACGAUAUCAAAGCUUAAGGUGGACCUGGACUUUGACAGCUCGUCCAUCAGUCAGAUUCACCUGGUGCUGUUCGGAUUUCAGGAUGCCGUAAAUAAAAUUUUGAGGAACCACUUAAUUAGGCCCCACUGGAUGUUCGCGAUGGACAACAUCAUCCGCCGAGCGGUGCAGGCCGCGGUCACCAUUCUCAUCCCAGAGCUCCAAGUCCACUUCGAGCCUACCUGUGAGACUGAAGGGAUCGAUAAGGACAUGGAUGAAGCGGAAGAGGGCUAUGCCCCAGCGGCCAGACCUGGCCCAGAGGCUCAGCCCCACCAGCAGCACCUGAGCCUCCAGCUGGGUGAGCUCAGGCAGGAGACCAACAGACUUUUGGAACACCUGGUUGAAAAAGAGAGAGAGUACCAGAAUCUUCUGCGGCAAACUCUAGAACAGAAAACUCAAGAAUUGUAUCACCUUCAGUUAAAAUUAAAAUCAAAUUGUAUUACAGAGAACCCAGCAGGCCCCUAUGGGCAGAGAACAGAUAAAGAGCUUAUAGACUGGUUGCGGCUGCAAGGAGCCGAUGCAAAGACAAUUGAAAAGAUUGUUGAAGAGGGUUAUACACUUUCUGAUAUUCUUAAUGAGAUCACUAAGGAAGAUCUAAGAUACCUUCGACUACGGGGUGGUCUCCUCUGCAGGCUCUGGAGUGCGGUCUCCCAGUACAGAAGGGCUCAGGAGGCCUCAGAAACCAAAGACGAGGCUUGAUACCAAUCAGCUAAGCUGGAGCAGAGUGUGCCACCAUGCUACAUGUUUUGUUAAAGCUUCUGUUAGUGUACACACGAAUUCCGCUGUGUUUACGUAUUUAAAAAUGCCAUUGUUCAAUUAAUAGUUUAAGAACUUAAGUUUUAAA